AUUCAAUAUUUCUACUGCGACAGACCUCUCCUCUGCACCGUAGCUGCUUUACUCUCCUCAUCGACACCAUGCAGGAAGGCAACAUGAUGGACGGCGACUUUAGCUGCAUGCCGCUCCCAUCCCCAGGAGAAGUUAACUUCGAAGCACAAGCUCCACAAGCUCGAAAGCGUCAAUCAAGUAACGGCGUCCUACCCUACGCUCCCGUUAUCAGAGCAACAACUCUCGCCAAUCCAAACGCUAUCGAACUCUACACUUAUUGGAAAUAUACUGGCAAGAUCUACUCAGUCCAAACAGAGGGCAGAGAAUCGCUUAGGGAGGCCCGCGAGGCACGCAAGCUGGUUGAUGCUUACAAAUAUGGCCUUGAGCGGGGCUCGGGGGGUGCCGACUUCCGAGACGCGGUUAUGGACGCCAUGGCCGAGUUCAUCGACCACAGAGGGUUUUGGUUCUUCCCCACCGACAGCACGGAAGGACAUCCAAACACGAAGAUGCUGCAUUUCAUGGCCUUCGUUUACGCGUUGAACAUAUACCCUCCAGAACACCGCUUCGAGGAAGACGAGUUCCGAGCAGCCUUCCUUAAUGAACUGGAGAAUUUCCCAAAAGACAAGACUUAUCGUGAACUCUGGGACGGGUUCAUGCAGGACGGACGUUGUCGAUUUCAUGAACACCGAACGGGUAGAUGUUGGCGCGCGAUAUACGAUAACGCCGCCUAAGAACGAAAAUGUCGGUUUCUGCCCAGCCUCUGUUAAACCCCAUCAUUUCUCCGCUAAAUUCUUUAACGGAGCCGAAUCUGCCUUUUACUUGGGCAUCCUUAAUAUCGCGCACACCGCUCCCCAAACAACAUCUGAUGGUCGUCUACUUGAGGCCUUCAGAAGAUGCUAUGGAACGGAAAAAUUGGCAUUGGACAGUAAUCCGGACCACUCACUCUUUGGGCAUAGGUUGCGUGGUCACUUUCUUCGCCAUUGAUGGCUUCUGGGGUUUCCAAGUCCAGCAUGUCCUUCAGCACUUCUCUCUACUAGCUUAGCCAAUACUACUUCAAAAUCCAAG